CCGCGCUAUAUAAGCGGCGUCGCGGCCAGGUCUAGAGACACCUCCCGCCUGCCGGCCAAGCACCUGCGCCCAUGAGCGCCGCGGCCGCGCUGCACAGCCUGGAGCCAGCGACAUGCUACCGCCACUGGGCGCUGGAGCCCGCCACGCUGUACGACGCUAAGGCGGGCGGCGGCGGCGGGUGCAAGGGCGGCCGCGCCAUGAGCGCCGAGGAGGCGGCGGGCGGCGGCGGCGGCGGCGGGGGGAGCUGCAGCCUGGCCGAGCUGAGCGCCGCCGCGCCAGCCAUGUACGAGGACGAGAGCGCCAUCGACUUCAGCUCCUACAUCGACUCCAUGGCGGCCGUGCCCAACCUGGAGCUGUGCAACGACGAGCUCUUCGCCGACCUCUUCAACAGCAACCACAAGCCCGAGCGCGGCGCGGACUACGCCGACUACCUGCCGCCGCCGCCGCCGCCGGGCCCGGGCAAGGAGCUGGGCGGUGCCAUGGCCUCGCUGCUGGGCUGCCCCGGCCCCGGCCCGGGCUCCGGCGGGCCGGCGGCGGCGCGGGGCGCGCUGAAGCACGAGCCCGACUGGAGCGACAGCGACGUGUCGCCCUCGCUGCUGCCCUCGCAGAUCGCGCUGUGCGCGCAGACCAGCAUGAACCUGGGCGGGCAGCCCACGCCGCCCACGUCGCCCGAGCCGGCCGGCAGCUGCUCGCCCGGCAGCGCCGGCACCCCGGGGCCGGCGGGCGGCGGGCGGGAGCGCGCGGGCAAGAAGAGCCUGGACAGGCUGAGCCCCGAGUACCGGCAGCGCCGGGAGCGCAACAACAUCGCGGUGCGCAAGAGCCGCGACAAGGCGAAGCGGCGCAACCAGGAGAUGCAGCACAAGCUGCUGGAGCUGUCGGCCGAGAACGAGCGGCUGCACAAGAAGAUCGAGCAGCUGACGCGGGACUUGGGCAGCCUGCGGCACUUCUUCAAGCAGCUGCCGCCCGCCUCCUUCCUGCAACCCGGCGCAGGCAGCGACUGCCGGUAGUGGCGGGCCCGCGCCCGCCCGGGGCCUCAGCACUCACUCACUUACCUCAGCGCCGAGGGGCGCGGCGGCACGGCACGGCUCGGCUCGGCCCGGCCCGGUUGGGACGCAGCCUGCGGGCGGGCGGGCGGGCGGGCGGCGCCGCGGGGACGGACACGCACCGGCCGGCAGCAGCGGCGGCGGCGGCAGGACGAGACGGGACGGGCCGGGGCCGCGCCGGGCUCCCCCGCAACACGCUUGCCAAGAAGAAAAGAGCGGACUCGAGCGAAAUCCCUAUGUUUUGCCCUUAAAUUAUUUUUGUAACGGGAGCUUAUGCGUGUGUGUGUGUGUGCGCGCGUGCGUGUGUGUGUGCGCGUGUGUCUUUUUCUACCUGGUUGUACUGGUGCGGGCGGUACGCGCGUCGGAAAGGGUCCGCAGCCCCCCGCGCGCGUGCGGGGCGGCCGAGCGCGCUCAACCUUUUAUAUCGAUUUUUACAGCGUUUCUAAGAAUAAAGCAGCCUUUGCAGACA